AUGAGGCCACCACUUGGCCAUUUUGCAUCCAAGACCACUCAAGUUUGCCGCCUGCAAAAGAGUUUAUAUGGCUUGCGACAAGCUUCCCGUCAAUGGAAUGCCAAAUUAGUUUCAUCCCUUGCUGAAUUUGGUUUUGUGCAAUCCAAGGCUAAUUAUAGCCUCUUCACCAAGUGCACUGCCACCUCAUUCAUCGCACUAUUCGUGUAUGUCGAUGACAUUAUUCUCAUGAGCUCAGACACCAAUUCAAGCGAUGCCGUUAAGGAAUUCUUGGAGACCAAAUUUCGCAUAAAAAAUUUGGGCAAGUUACGAUACUUCCUUGGCAUGGAAGUGGGCCGCACACAAGCUGGGAUCCAACUAUGCCAACGCAAAUAUGCGCUAGAUAUUCUUGCUGAAACUGGACUUUUGGCGACUAAACCAUCUCCCUUACCAAUGGAACCAAACAUCAAGCUCAAACGGGAUGAAGGUGAAUUGUUUCAUGAUCCAGCACUUUACAGAAAAUUGGUUGGUAAGUUGCUCUACUUAACCAACACACGGCCAGAUUUGAACUAUAGUGUCAACUUGUUAAGCCAGUUUAUGGACAACCCGAGAGUGCCACAUUAUGAUGUUGUUCUUAAGGUCCUUAAAUAUGUUAAAGGAACUCCGGGACAGGGCAUUUUUCUUCCAGCAAAUUCCAACAUUGAACUUGUCGCCUACUCCAACGCCAACUGGGCAACUUGCCCCGACACCCGUCGAUCUACUACCGGAUUUUGUGUGUUCAUUGGAAAAUCUCUUGUUUCUUGGAAGUCAAAAAAGCAUAACACAAUUUCAAGGUCAUCUGCUGAGUCAGAAUACAGAGCUAUGGCAGCCGUAGUUUGCGAGCUCACUUGGGUUCUCUAUCUGCUUACAGACUUGCGCAUUACCAUUGGAACACCUACUACUCUAUACUGUGAUAACAUUGCCGCCAUGCACAUCGCUGCGAAUCCGGUAUUUCACGAGCGCACCAAGCAUAUUGAACUAGAUUGUCAUCUAGUUCGUGAUAAAAUCUUAGCAGGACAAGUCAAAAUUGCUCACGUGUUCUCCUCUGCUCAAUUGGCAGAUUUGCUUCCUAAACCACUGCACUCGCCAGUUUUUCAACGAUUAUUAUUCAAGAUGAGAGUCAUCAAUGUUUACUCUCCAUCUUGCGGGGGCAUAUUGGAAUUAAAGGAGGACAAUUCUCAAACACUUGGAAGGCCACCAGACUAA